AUUCCUCAAAUAGCACCAAUAAAUUGAUCCUUACUUUUUAUUUAUUUUAUUAUAAUUUUCAUAUACUCAAUUAUCUUAAAUUAUUUUAGAAUUAUCUAUAUCAAACCUCCUCAAAAAAUUUAUAACAAAAUACCCCUAUUAAAUUGAAAAUGAUAG